UGCGCAUAAGGCGUAGGUUCCCAACCAUCCUCCUUGACUUUGCUCUGUCAUCAUGGACGCAAAGUCCAAGGGAAAUUCGAUCCUGCCGACUCCCUAUGAGCCUCAGUCGGGUGUCAGGGCCAGGUCGUCGCCGUUCAGAUACCUGGCUUUGCUCGUCUCAGCCGCUGUGCUUUCCACAAUCCUUCAAGUUCCAUCCCUCAGGAUGCACUCAUUUAAAACCGUCUCUCUGUCCCAGGCUGGGGCUAUCGAAUGGAAGGACGACGAGUUUCCUCUACGCGAGCAGACUCCGUGGGAUAUAUCUACCGACUACCAGUACCCGCGUGUGCUUGAAUACGACGUGACAGAGGGGACCUGGCUACGUUUGGAUGUUCAUCCGACGUCGGGAGACAUCGUGUUUGACAUGCUGGGUGAUCUGUACUGUCUCUCCCGCGCGGAAGUCAGUGCUGCAAGUGGUGUCGCGGUGACGGCACACCCCAUCCUCCUCGGUGUCCCCCACGACUCGGACGCUCAUUUCUCUCCCACCGGCGACCGCAUUGUCUUCCGCUCGGACGCAGGUCUCGGUGUUGAGAACAUCUGGGUCAAGCCAUGGGCUGGAUGCGCGGCGGCGGACCUCCGAGCGUUCGGAAACGACCCCGCAUUGACGCGUGCGCUUCAGGACAAGAACCGCGACGAGGAGCUCCUCGCCCAAGGCGUCAAGGAAACGGAACAGCGUCGACUGAAUCGUCUUCUUCGUGAAGGGCGCUCUGAUGCGCAACGCGUCACGAACGAGACGUAUCGCUGGAUUUCGGACGCGCGUUUCCACCCGUCCGGUUCCGAAAUCAUUGCGACCAAGUGGUACACGACAAGUCGUUCGCUUGGAGCGGGUGAAGGGUGGCGCUUCCCUGUCCCAGAAGCGGGGGACAACAGCACAAUCAAGGUCGGCAGCGGUGCGAGAGUCCUAGGACGGACUCUUCCUCGCGGAGAGAGCCCGCAGAUGUAUGGAGAAGUGCAGGUCGGUCCGGAGCAGUUCAUUUGGCGCGGGGAAGAUGGUGUCAUCUUCAGCAAGAACGGCAUCGAUGGGGACCAGUACACGUACAGCAAGGAUGUGCACAAGGGCAUCUACUCUAUUUUCUCCCAUAACAUCACAACUGGAAAAACGGAAACUCUUGUGUCUUCUUCGCCAGGUGGUGCAUCUCGGCCACAACUUUCACGUGACCAGAGAACGCUUGCAUUUGUGCGCAGAGAGCGUGACCACGAGUUGCUUGUUUUCAAGGAUUUGGAGACAGGAUCUGUACAUCACAUCUGGGAUGGUCUUAGCUACGAUCUGGGGGUCAUCUCUGCUCCGAUGGGCACAUACGCGUCUUUCUCAUUCACGCCCUCCGACGAUGCCGUCAUCAUCUGGGCUGGAGGGCAGAUCUACACGGUCCCAAUCACUAAGAACAGUUUGGGCGAGCGCGUUGCUAACAAAGCGCACCCUCCGACCCCGAUCCCCUUCAGAGCUCACAUCGAGAAGCGACUGGCGAAUACUCUCUCAGGAUCCUUUGAUCUCAUUGGAGUCGAGACUGCGCCGACCCAGCGGGUGACUUCGUUCCGGAAUGUCCGGGCUGAUGCUGCCGGGAGCCGCGUCGUCUUCGAUGCGGGGGCUGUUUCGUACGUCCAAGGCGUUGGGAAGUCUCACGCCAAACCAGUGCCGGUUCUGCAUCCCGGGGCUCCGUACUACUCCCCGGCAUGGGUCCCAGGCUCGCCCGAUGCAGUCAUCCACGCUCGCUGGUCCAAUACGAACUUCACGUCGUUCGAGAUCGCGGACCUGACAUCGGGAAAAGCAUACGAGCUGUCCGGUCUGCCAUUUGGGCGGUACUUCUCGCCCGCCGUCUCUGAAGGACGAAACACGAUCGCAUUUUUGAAGUCCGCUGGCGAUGACCAAACUGGGCACAUUCUCGCGACUGCAAAGCCCGGCCUGUAUCUCGCUGACCUGACUCUGGGUGAGAACCCAGAGCUCAAAAACGUCCAUUUCGUCUCUUCGGAGAUCUCCGUCAACGACAUGGUCAACAUGCGCUUCCUAGAUAACAAUGGGACACUCCUCGUUCAACAAUCUGACCGCUCGUUUGUUAUUGAUCUGGCUGCUGGACCCUCUGGCAUAGAAGGGAAAUAUCCUCAUCACACAGUGGCAACUGGUAGAAUGUCUUCAGAGAUCGCAACCAGUCUGCCCAAGAAAACCAAGAAGGGGUAUGCUCCGCGAGGAGUGGCCUUCAUCGAAUCGUUCAACGUUUACUACGUUCCUGGAGAUGGGCUCAAAGAGGAUGAAGCUGUGUGGUCUAAGCCAGGCAACGCAACGAAGAAUCUCGUCCGCGUGAGCCUGGAUGGGGGUGCGGGUGUCACCUGGUCUGAUGACGGCAAGAAACUGUUGUGGUUCUUGGGUCCACAUCUCCACUCUCUCGAAGUCUCCAAACUGGACAAGUGCUCGUCUGCGAUUGAAUCCGACCCGCUCACUUUCGGAAUCUCUUGUGUGAAGGGUUUGCUUGAAUACCAAGAGGUUGUGAUCGAGCAUUCCACCGACAUCGCACGUCUGAAGAAAGAAGCCGCCCAAUCGGACGCGCAGGGAAUCAACUCGGACGUUUUCGUCAUCUUCAAUGCGACUAUCCUGACGAUGGAAACCGGCGAUUUGUCAAAGGACCUGAUCCGAGACGGGGUUGUUACCAUCCGCGGUGGUGUUAUCGAGAGCGUCGGUCCAGCGGGCAGCUUCGUGGCAUCCGGUGCGACUGCCAUUGAUGCCCAUGGAGGCUACGUCAUCCCCGGAUUCAUUGAUGUGCACGCCCAUUGGAACAACUUUGAUUCCAUUUUCCCGGCUACCUCAUGGGAGUUGCAAGCCUUCCUGGCCUAUGGUGUGACGACCUUGCACAAUCCAAGCGCUUCUGACGAUUCGUUCGCGGAGCGAUCGCGUGUGGAGAGUGGUCUGACUGUUGGAUCCCGCAUCUUCUCGACCGGGGCUGUUAUCUAUGGUGCUGCUGCUCCGAGCCUGCAUCAGAGCAUUGCUGACGAGGCUGAGGCGUAUUCCGCCUUGGUCCGCUUGAGAGCUGCCGGUGGAAUUGGCAGCAUUUCUUACAAGAACUACAAUCUGCCCAUCCGUGCCUCUCGCCAGCGACUGCUGAAUGCGGGGCGGAAGAUUAACAUGCUGUGUGUUCCCGAGGGUGGGAUGAACUUUGACUGGGAUCUCACCUACAUCGUCGACGGAAUGACCACUGUGGAACAUGCGCUGCCAGUUCCUCAGCUGUUCGAUGAUGUGCUUACUCUUUUUGCUCUGAGCGGAACUGCAUACACACCCACGCAUAUUGUCAACUACGGCGGAGCCUGGGGCGAACAGCUAGUCUGGGCAACACAAGAUGUGCCCAAUGAUCACAAACUGCGGGCGUUUGUACCGCAUGCGAAACUCGAUGUUCUCUCGGAAUCGACCUCACGACCCAUGAACUCUUAUCAGUUCUUCAACACGUCAGCGUCGUCUGCAAAGAUGGUGCACAUGGGUCUGCGAUCGCACAUUGGCGCGCACGGCGAACCGCCGUACGGAGUAAACUAUCAUGCGGAGCUCGCCUUCGCGCAGGCAGGAGGACUGAGCAACUACGAGACGCUCCAGUCGGCGACAUCGUUGGCCGCAGUCACUCUGGGCUUGUUCGACUCGCUCGGCUCGGUCUCGGUCGGGAAACUAGCUGAUCUGGUAGUGUAUCCUCCAGGCGUUGACUUGCUCCACGGCGACAUCUCCCAAUCUGUCAAUCUCUCGAUGGUCGCGCGCGGUGGACGGUUCUGGGACGCCUCGACGAUGACAGAGAUUUGGCCAGUGAAGGGGAAACAGCAAGUGCUGCCUCCUCUGAAUGCGGUUUGA